GCCGAUCGUUGAGGAGGUCGUCGCGUGACGUGCCGUCGUGUUUGUGAAGGUUAACAAACCACUUUUUUGGUGGGUGGUUGAAUGUUUUUUCCUUGCCUCCGAAGGAUUUCUCACUGAGUCAAGCUCGCGUGGAUAAUUUGUCUUGCCUUGUCGAAGAUUGGAUUUUAUGACCAUUUUUUUUUGUUGGUUACUUGUGGGAAAAUCAAGUGCGAAUGUCGAGAGUGAAGACUUGAAGGAAGGUGUGCUCGUGUUUUGAUAUUCCAUCGGAAUACUGCGGAAGGAUUACCGAACGGUCUUCGCCCAAUCGGACGAAAUAUGUUGGAGUAUGGACGAGGGAUUUGAAUGUAGCUCUCCCUCUGGUAGGAUGCUGGACCGUGAAAAGUGAUGGGAUUUUGGUGGUAAACAGGGCCAAUAACGAGAAGGCCUCGAUGGUUGUUUUUGGUGUGUAGGUGUAAAAUUGCCUCUCCGGUGUUGAAGUGAAGCUCAAGGAAAAGCGAAUAGCCGUCACUGACGGAGUGUUUAAGUGUUGUUUUUUUAUGUAACGCGGUGAUUGAUGGAAUUAAGUGUCGAGUCAAGCCAGCAUCCAUUGAUGGUGUGAAAAAUCGAAUGACUGGUGCCCCUUUUCGAGUGCUUUGGAAUGUGGAGCACAAAAAGGGGAGCAGAAAAUUGCAUUUUAGAGGGAAAUUUUAUUGACCGAUGUGCUGAUGGCGUUUUAACAAUCUUCUGCUGCUCGAAGACGUAUCCGGGUGAAGUCUUAAAAAUUUAGGCAGCAGUUUACCUGAGUCAGUGGUGUUGUUUUCAGAGAUAGUAUAAUCGAUUUAGGAAAUCUAACAAGGCGGAAAAAGUCAUUCGAAGACGUGUUUUCAAUCAAAACGUGAAGAUUGUAUACAAUCCCAUCAAUGAGAGAAUAUUCAAAGGAAAAAGAAGCAUCACAUUCAUCCGGAGGCGGUGAAGUCAUAAAAUCGGCAAUAACAUACUCUCAAGGGAGGCUGCAGAGCAUCAGCGCGUAGCACAAAGUAGUGCCGUAUUUUUUCCCAAACAUUGCCACGUGGCAACCGUUACGUGGAGUCUGUGGGCCAUUUGUGUAUUCAAAGUGUAGCAUCGACCAGUGAGUGUGGUGGUCCCAAAAGCGGAAAUUCAGCUGGGUUUUCCGUUUAAUUCACCCCGGACAACCAAAUUUCCCGGAGCGAGGUGGGAAAACGGCCGUCCCGGAAUCCAUAUCAGCGUCGAGUUGUGUUGUAAUGUGUUUGUGUUAAUGUGUAAUUAAAAUUCACACCGGAUAGUCAACUCCCGGGUUUCCGAGACGGUGUGCCACCAAAUUCCCGAAACUGCAAACCAGGAAAAUGAAACGUGCGUAUACUGAGAGGAAAUAGUUUUUCCCGUUUCACCUUUCCCGCUUAGAGCCUAACACGACCGCAAUGCUCUAUAACACAAAAUCCGACACAGACGCGUAGUUCAUCCUAAACAUCCCACCCACACUCCCAUUUUGAGAUUCACGGGUUUCAUGGGAAAACCAGACAAAAAUUGGUCUUGUAUAGUGGCGUCAAGCAAGAGCUAAAGUGUUUACUCACCAUACAUGGAAAAUCUACUACAAAGUCCACAGUAGGUACAAGUUUAAUGUACGUGCGUUUCCGUUUUGUGUCCCCUUCUGUCCUUGUAUAACUAUAGAUUCGAACUUAUAACCCGGUCCAACUUGGGAUGGUGUAAGUUUUCGAAGUGAAAGUUGCUUCGUUGCUAGGAAAGGGCUCAUCAGCAUACAGAAUCCGGUACAGAUCCAUGGGAUUGGGCGGUGUCCCAGCGGAAGAAUAAAGUUCGAAACCGGGUAAAGUGCAGUAUCACGUCGAAAUCGAACCAAGUAUCCCCAUUUAAAGAAAAGGGAAGUAUCCUAGUGGGGAAGCAGCAGAAGCAAGUGGAAGGGCACUUCCUGAAUAGUAACGUUUCAGUAAUAGUGCUAGCAGUUCAUUCCAUACCACAGGGGACUAUAAAGGACUCCAAUUUACAAACAAAAACGAGAUGUCAAACAACGUCGUCGUCGUCGGACAACACGAGGCCAUUCGGGACGCACGUCAAAAAAGUGCCGCCUGUCAGCCACGAGGAUCAGCAGUUUAACGAACCUUAAAAUCUAAACACCCUCAAAAUAGCUGGUCCUACUCUUGGUGGCGGUUCCUGUCGCGAGUCGCACCAAACGCAGCAUCAAGCAGCAGCAUUGUGUGUGAAUGACUAUUUACCUAGUCGCUCCGAAUAAAAGCUUUAUAAUUGAAGCUCUCCAAACAACCCACCCACCCACUUUUGGCGGGGGUGGCGAGUAGCUGUUUAUGGUUAAAAAAGCCAAAAGUUUAGUGCAAGUGACAUGUUUUAAUUGAAACGCCCACCCAGCAGCUGCUUUCCGGAUGUUGUUUUUGUCGCUGUUGGUUUUUGGUGAGGUAGAGGUGCACGGAAAAUAAAUGUGCUACUUGGCCAUCAACCUUCCCCUAUUUGAAGUAGUGCUCAACGGAAAUCUGCUCAUUCGGACGCUCACGGCCAUCAUGGCGUUGUCCGGGUCAGCCCGGAAUGUUGCUGUUAUUUCUGGGCAGCUGUGAACUUCACGACCAUUUCACAACAAAUCUGGUUGGACGCACGACGGACGCUUAAGGGUUGCACUAAUGUACUACUACUCGGUCAAGCAGCUGAAAUCGGUGCGACUCAAAGUUGCUGCUGCUGUUUAGUGUCGUGAAACCGAGAACCAAGAGGAGAAGUCUGUCCCCUGACCUCAGCGGGGGGGAAGCAGUAGGGAACUUCCAACCAACCAGUCAGCUCCGGAACCGGAAUCCAACCUACACGUAAAUGAGCGAAGAUUGUUAUUAGAUUGCUAGUGAAAAUGUUGGAGAAACUGACGCUGUAUGUGGGAGUCUAUCUACUACUGUUGCACAGCAAAAUCAGAGUUUCCGGGAGGAAGUUAGAUAUGCAGAAGAAAAAGCAAAAAAAAAACAGCACCCGAAAAAGCAAACAACCCAUGCAAACGCAGCCAUUCGACUACGACGAGAUGAUGACGACAACGUCCGAAAUGCAAAAGAUCCCUCCCGAUGUGCCCGGAGUGCGGAAAUUGACUCCAUUUCGAUGCAAAUUUUCAGUGGCCUGGAUACGGAAACGGGACCUGCACAUUCUCACAACCGGCUCCUCGACCUACACCUCGGACCAACGAUUUCAGGUGAUCCGGCCAGAAAACUCCAUUAAUUGGACGUUACAGAUCAAGUACCCGCAGGUGCGAGACUCGGGCGUGUACGAGUGCCAGAUCAACACCGAGCCAAAAAUGUCGCUGUCCUACGUGCUGAACGUGAUUGAACUGCGGGCGCGAAUUCUUGGACCAGCAGACAUUUUUGUGAAAUCUGGCAGCGAAAUCAUCAUGACCUGCGUCAUCCAACAGGGACCACACGAUUUGGGGACAGUUUUCUGGUAUAAAGGAAACACCCUGAUAGAAUCGACAACCCAGGAGAACAGCAUCCAUUCGGGCGGCGACAACCAGCGAAUUACCGUCGAAACGGAUUGGACGGACGGGUUAACGUCCAGAUUAAAGAUAAAACGGGCGGUCCAGAGCGAUACCGGAAACUACACUUGUGUGCCAACGAUGGCCAAAUCAUCCAGUGUGUAUGCACAUGUAAUUAGUGGUGAACAUCCGGCGGCGAUGCAGCACAACUCGGCCCCGGGAAGGACGCGGCCAGGAGCCGGAAUUUUAUCGCCGUCGCCGACGGCCUCCAGUAUUUUAUUGUUUUAUGUGACACUUCUGGUGCACGCCGUCGUGAGCAGCCGGUUUAAAAUAUGGCGACACGGUGGCAAUCACGAUGUAAGAUGAAAUUGGCCCCGAGGUGGCCCACCGGAAGCCGGAGAAGGAAGCCCUCGGUGGAGGAGAUCGGGCCCGGAUGGAUCAGGCACUUCCGGCGACGCCGAAGCCGGUGACCAACAAAUCCGGAGGCAGCGGUUGCCAUUUCGGGUCUCCGUGAACCUCCUAUAAGGGUUUGAGGGCACAGGGAUGAGAAUGGCUGCGCUCAACUGUGAAUGAAUGGAUCUAUAGUGUGUCAGGAAAUGAAUUCCGUUUGAAACAGAGAAAAAAGUCAAGCACACACGAAACAUAAACUUCCCUUGUACAAAUCUGUGAGAAUGUUGAAACCAAUUUUUUGUUUUCUCGUUUUGGGGGUCCCGACUGUAAGAGGAAAUAGUUGCACAAAAAGUAGAAACAUGUUUGGGUGAGCUGUAAAUCUUCUUAAUGUAUGUGCGAGGUGAAAGACGAAUGUGAGGUUACCCCCGGGAUAAAACAGAAAGAUACAUACACACCCUAGAGGAAAUCUGUACCAGAAAAAUGUAAAAAAGAAACGAAUAAAAAAAAAACGAUGAAACAAUUUAGAUACAAGAAACAAUCACUAAACAAGAUCGCUAAAAGUCGUGCUAGAGUUGCAGGAAACAACUGCAAAAAGGGAACGGGAACGAACCCAAAUCGAGAGGGCACUUGUCAGGAUGAAUAAGAUUCGCGUCAAGUUUUCUCGAGGAUUACACUUGUGAAACAGUUUUCCUAGAUAGCAGAUCCGGGCUUGGGCGGAGUGCUUUUCUGGAGAUGAUUUUCAAUUAAAUAUUGCUUUAAUGGUUUGCAAAUAUCUGAAACCUUGUAUGGAAAUCAAAAUAGUUUUAUCUGACAAGUUGCAAGAUUUUUUUUCAAUUCAAUGGUUAAUUAUGACGAGUGAUAAAAAAAUGAAGUUUUCGAGAGUUGCAAACACAUUUUUUUUUAACAAUUCCGGAAAAUACCCUUGAGAAUUUAUUAUUACAGUAGUUUCUCGAUUUUAUCACUAUUCGAUUUUAUCAAUACUCGCCAAAUUCACGCUCGAUUUUAUCACGGUUAUAGUUUCGAUUUUAUCACGCUUUUUAAGAAAUCAUUCAGAAAUCAUUUCCAGGUCUUUAAUUUUCAUUCAAAAGCAUAGAGCGUCUUUGUUUAUGAUAUUUUUUAUGGUUUAUGUUAUAGUAUAUAGGUAUCCAAUAAUAUGAAAAUGCCAUUGAACUGCUUAUUUUAUCUGUAUAGUGUUUAAAAUCGUCAUUUGGAUUCUAAAAACGCUUGUAAUAAUCGACACAAGUAUUUUAACGUCCCGCUGAUGCUAGGGUUCUUAGUCGCUUUAAAAAAUUUAACCUUUUUUGGUUAUGCAAAUCCUAUAAAGAUGUCGGUGAAUUUAAGCGUUUUUGAAAAGAGAUAAGUGUCUCUGAUUUCUUUGUCGAACUUGUUUAUUUUAAAGGGUGGCAUGCGUCAUCCUUAUUGGAUAGUCUUUAGUAUUGUCUGAAUGGAUAAUUUUGGAAGACCAAAAUGAAAUUCUGCUAGCUUUGUCUGAAAAUAUGACUAAGAUUUCUGUUUUUCUACAUAUAAAGACAAAAGAUUAUAUGCCCGUAAACCAAAUUUUGAGAAACACACUGUAAAAGUAAAAGUUGAGCAAAUUUUAAAAUAUUUUUCGAAUAAAUAUACUUUUAAGUUCAUCAAAGGUGUUAAGAUUAAAAUAUUGAAAUUUGAAAUAAGCAGAAAAAAAUUUUUUUAUGCUAAUUUCUUUGAACUUUUUUUUAAAAUCGAAAUAAGAGAUAACGACUGUUAAAUUUCCAUCAAAACUAAAUAAUUCACUUUAAUUAGAUGUAGACUAUCAAAUGGAUAUACAACAAGGUUUUAUUUCAAGAAAGAACCUUAAAAUUUGCUUUAGAGAAAAGUAAUUGGAACUGAAAACGAUCCUUUUGUUUAGUAGUCUUUGAUAAUUACGCCUUAUGAUCAAAAUUUAUUGAUACAAAACGUUUACACUACUGAAAACAUUAUAAAUUAUUGAUUAAAGACAGUAAAAAUACUUUUUUCUACUUCAAUUUUUAGUUUCGCCAAAUUCACGGUUUCGCCAUAUUCACGGUAAAAAUUUUUUUGACCGUGAUAAAAUCGAAAAACUACUGUAAUACUAACAUGUAAUGAAUGUAUUUUUUUUUUCAACAAAACCAUCACAGCGUAAUAAAGUGGCUGUUUUGAUACAGUUUUGAAAACAGAAUCUGCAAAAAAAAUUUAAAAAGUAGAAAAUUCAUACCAAUCAACGAUAAAUGAAUUUAUUCGGAGUACCAUUUGGCAAUAUUUACUCAAAGUUGAUUAAUUUUUACGCCUUGGACUAAAAUGGCCACACAUUUUAAAAAUUCAAGUACAAAAUUGAAUGUAGGUAGUAACAUUUUUGAAAAUUUUCAUGAUUGAAGAUAUUUUUCAAGGACCUAAUGUUAUAAAAAAAAAACAAUCAUUUAAUAUUGCUCCAACAAAAUAUGAUGGCACAUCAAAUUUUAAAAAUUUUAACACUUUUUAUCAACAAAUUCAUGUCCCAAAUUAAAAUUGGGAAGCAUGACAUGAUAAGGUAUAUUUCAUGAAGUUGAACCAGGUAUUUGAUUGCUGAAGAAAAUAUUCAGUCAGAAUUUAUUGAUUUUUUCGGCCAUCAAACAUGAUUCUUAUCCAUAAACUUGAUCCAGAUUUCAGUAAUCAAUAAUUUUUGUUUGUUUAAAUUAUGAAUGGCCUAAGAGAUACUCAGCAACUUUGACUAGAAGUAAACUGUCAAUAUCCAUCAAUAAUUUCAUAAAAAAAUUUAAGCUUCGCAUUCCUAUUGACUGGAAACUUCCGUGGCUCCAAAGAGAUAAAAAGCUUACAAAAACCGAAAAGGUAUUUGAACACUCUUGUUUUGAAUGAGUUCUACAAUUUUUGUUUUAUUUGAUAUGCUAAAUGUGAAAAAUUCAAAAUUUUGAAAUUUUGAAAAAGUAUUAAUGGGUAAAGAAAAAUUUAUUCUUCAUUUUUCUUCAUCCAUAAAUUUAAAAAUAGAUUUCUGUCUGUCUGUCUGUUCCCUAUGGACAAAGUAACUACAUAACUAAUGUACUCCAUGCUUGACAAGUGGGUGCUUUUGAUGCCUGCGAAGGUUCCUAUCAUGGUUUGAGACCCUCCCUCUCACUGGAAAGGUCUCUCAAAGAAAAGACAUAUGUUUGCAUUGCUCGAGAUCUAAUCAAACAAAUUAAACCAAAAUUGGCAUGGGAGGGUUUUUGGGUACGAUAAACUUUUCUAAAAAUAGUUGGUGGGGAGGUAACAAGGAGGGGGUGGCUUCAAAACAUGGUUUUUAGCAUAAAUCGAGUGUUUUUCAAGCAAUAGAAGUAAUAUUGUAAAUCAGAAGUUGUUUGAGUACGAAUAGUUUGAGACCCUACCUUUCAUCUUGAACAUUUAUGAGACAAAUUGAGAAAAAUGUGAUAUAAUUGCUGAGCCCUUUCAGCGUUGAAAGAAGAAAUGUAACAGAAAAAUAAACAUUUUUUUCAUUAUUAACGAUAAACUCAUUCAGAUAUUAAGUUUAAAAAAUAAGCUAAAAUCAUCUUUGUAGUGCAACUCGAAACUUCAGUUACAACUCUCAAUUUAAAGCGGUUGCUUCCAAAUUAUGUUUAAAUUUGAUUUAUUAAGAUGCCUAUAAAAAUUAAAUUGCUUCACCAAAUUUAAUUUAUUUUUAGAAGGUGUAGCAAUGCACACCAGGCCUCAAGUCUAUAUAAUAGAAAUGAAUGUCUGUCUGUGUAUCUGUUCACAAUAGACUCGAAAACCUCUUUACCAAUUUAUGUAAAAUUUUGUAUAUAAGAGUUUAUUAGGCUGUAGGUGGUUUCUGUAAUACUUUCCAACCCACUAAAAGAGAUGAGACUACCGUACAAAAUCAAUAUGAAAUAUGGCAUUAGCUAUACCAUUUUUAAGCAAUGCCCAUCAAAUUUUCUACUAAUUAAAAUUUCUUUAUCUUGUAAUAAUUUAGUAAUUUAAGGACCAACUUUGAAAUGUUCAGAGAAUUAACUGGAUUGCAACCCUGCAGCCAUUAUUGAUUUUUUGAAAGGGAAAAGGGGGUAAUCUGUAAAAUCCUAAUAAAAUGUUAUAGUAAUCGAUCGAAUUUUAAAUUGUUUUUAUAAUACUAUGUACACAUUCAAAUUUAAAGUAAUAAGCAGAUUGAAAAUAUUAUAAGACUUUUACGUUUCUGUACAGGGAAGUGUAAAAUAAUCAAAAAUAUGACAAAAUUCGGAUAAUUAUCGAGAGAUGUUCAUAAAAAAAUCUACGCAUAUAAAACUUUUGUCAUGAUUAGAUGUUUGAUUGAAAUGGCCAACAUGUUUUGUAAAAUUAAAUUACUUUCUAAUUUUUGAAAGUCCCUUCUCUUUUUCCAAAAGUCAGAUUUUGAAGUAAAUAAAAGUUACAGAUAAUAGAAGAUCCACUGCAUUGAAAAAUAUUUUGUCCUCAUUCACAAAGGGUUGGUGAAUGUUAUGACAAUUUUUAUGAAAAAGACCCUUCCGUUUUUGAAAAAAAAGAAACUUCUCACACGAAUUCCACAUGAAAUAUGGCACUAGUCGAAUCACUUCAAAGUGAAUUUCUUUAAAUUUUGAUUAAAAACAAGUUUUUACAUGAUGAAAAAAAGUUUUUAUCCCAAACCAUUCCCUUAUAAAAAAAUCUCUGUAUUAAUUCGUCGAAUAAAUUGUAUGGUAUUCGAUUGAAAUUGCUCACAAAUAACAUAAAAUGUAAGCGGUUUUUAAAAUUUAUUUUCAAAAGUUAAAACACUGCAUCAUUUUCACUUUUUUUUUGAAUUUUUAAGGCGGCUCAAAAUCUCUAGUGUUCUUAAAAAUGAAUUCAAAGUAAAGCAAUUUGAAAAAAAAAACCAGCUGGUACCUUGAAGUUUGAAAUAACCAAUUUUUUAUCGAUACUGAGAAUCCCUUAGAUCUUAGAUUAAAGAAUAACAGGCCAAAAAUAGAUUACACACAACGAAAAUGAUAAAUUUACAUAUGUUUUCUAAGAAACAACGAUCAUUUAAAAAUUCAGAAACUAACUAAAUUACAAUUUUAUUUGUAUACUGAAAAUUUCAACAAAUUCAACUAAUUUUGACUUUCUGCAAGGGACUUAUUUUUUAAUGAAGAAAAUAACUAGUCAAGUAAUAAAUUAUGAAACUUUUUCGACAUAAAUAUACAAAAAUGCAAACUGAAAAUAAGCUUUCAUUCCACAAAGUUAUCUUAGGUAAUCUUUUUGUGAAGUUUGAACAAUUUUUGGAUGUUGCUGCAAAGCACAGUGGGUCAGCUUGUUUAUGAUGAAAGAGAUUGAACCGAACUAUUCUUUUUUCAUAUUAAAAAAAAAGAAUCUUUUCACUCUCUGGUGCCACUUUUGAGAUCAUAAGAAUUUUAAUGAACCAAGUAUGCUUUUCAUUGACACAUUAUUUAAAAUUAUAGGAAUCGAAAUUUAAAAACUAAAAAUUUCAUUAAAAAGUAUAAUUUUUUUUGAGUGCCUAUAAGGAUCAAAUAAAAAACAUUUCGUUUCUAAAAAUAUUCGAAUGUCAUGAAAAAACUCUCGAACUAAUUUUUUUUCAUAGCUUAAAAAAAGGUUUCACAAAAUACUUUUAGUUAUUUCCAAUUAUGAAAUAUGAAGAAACCUUUCAUAUUGCUGUAACUUAAGUUGUCAAGUCGAUUAUUUAAAAAAAAAAAAAUCCUAAAAUUGAGAUAUUAUAUGAAUUGAAAUUGGAAAAAAAAAUUUUUCAAUUGAAUCAAAGCAAUCGAAAAAUUCCUUUUAAUUCAACCACGGUAACGUGGUUAAAAUUAAAUGGAAUCUUUCGAUUGCUUUGAUACAGUUUAAUCAUUCAACCAAGUAGGCUCACAACACAACAGGAUGAUCUUUUCAAUUUAAAAAAAAUCAAAUCAGUUCUUGAAACUUGAGAUCAUGUAAAACUCUACUGACAAUUCUAGAAACAAAAACCAAAUUAAAGAACCAGUAAUAUUUUUCUAAUUUACAAAAUAUAUUCAAGUUAUAUAAUCAAUAUAUUAUUUCUUCCAUAUUUAAAAAAGAAAAUUAAAUCCAAUCACUCUCUAGAGUAAACCUUCAUAUCAUUAGAAAUUCCUUGAAUUAAAUGUAAUUUCUAUCUGUAGCAAGAUUUAAAAAUAAUGGAAACGAGUUCAAAGAUUAAAUAAAAAAAUUUCAUUAAAAAAACUUAAAAUUCUUCGAGUGCGUCCAAGCAUUAAAUUUAAAAUCUUUUUUAAAAGGUUUUCAACUGUCUUGAGAAAAGUUUCAAAUGAUUGUUUUUUAAGUUGAUUGCUGGGUUAAAAAAAAACCUUAUAAUAACUUCUAUUGAUAAAAAAUGAAGAAACUUGAAAUCAAAGAAACUUUUCAUUUUGCUUUAAUCAUUUGAAAGAAAUAGUCGAGUUGAUUAUUUUAACA